CUCAACACCAUAUAGAAUAGCUAACUGAAGUCUCAAAAAUAUUUGACAUGUGGUUUAGGCUAUAACUGCUCAUCAACCGUACUCCUUUAGCCUAUCAAGGCCAUGAUACCACAUCACCAACGCCAAACGCAUGAACACUGUAAUUUAGUGCAUUAAGUCUGACAGACAAGCACUUGAUAAUUAAACACCUCCUAUACCACGGCAGCUGUGGCCCCAGUAAUCAAGGAAAGUGCAGUGCUUUCAAGCAUAUGACACUCACAGUAAGUUAUUCUCUCACAAUCCGGAUUUGAGGAUUACAUUUAUGUGCAUUAAAUAUCAUGACUUUGAGCCCUUCUCUUCUUAUCCUCUUUAUUAGGUGGUCUGCACUGAUCUCCUUCUCUUGUUAAAGGCUUUAAGAGGCACUACAAGGUGUAUCAAACCAUUGUUUGGUGGUAUUCCCCCUUCUCUCAUCUGUCUUUAUCAUUGAGUCAAGUGGAUACAUUGUUGGUCCCUUUUCUCAGCUCCUGACCAAAUGUUUCAGUCUCAGCCAUGCAUCUGAAGCUUGCUUCAGGAUCAACAAGGGACUCAUGAAUGCUUGAGUGUUGAGAUACCGAGAGAUACUUUGGCGUACUUUUUAGUGCCUCGGGUAUCUCCCUCACCGCCCCUAACCUACCGAUCUCAGACCCGAGGGAGGGUAAGAGCCCAACGAACACCAUGGAACCGCUACAGGUCGUCCUCAGCCUCCAGCCAAACUCUUCGUGGCCCUACGGCACCGAGGAGCCUCCUCUUCUGUCUCCCAGCGCCUACACUGCUCUGGCCGUGCUCAUGGGGUUGGUCUCGGCAGCGGGGAUCCUUCUCAACCUACUGGUGGUGGUGGUGUCGGUGAAACACCGGCAGCAGCGGCAGCCCCUGAGCUACGCCCUGGUGAACCUGGCCGUGUGCGACCUGGGCUGCGCUGCGUUCGGAGGCGUGCCCACCACCGUGGCCAACGCCAUGGGCUACUUCAGCAUGGGCCGGCUGGGCUGCGUGCUGGAGGGCUUCGCUGUGGCCUUCUUCGGCAUAGCGAGUCUGUGCACAGUGGCUGUGAUCGCAGUGGAGCGCUACAUGGUGGUCUGUCGACCCAUGGGAGCUGUCAAGUUUCAGACCAGGCAUGCGGUGGGGGGAGUGGUGCUCUCUUGGCUGUGGUCCUUCCUGUGGAACACGCCGCCGCUGUUCGGCUGGGGCAGCUUCCAGCUGGAGGGCGUCAAGACCUCCUGCGCCCCUGACUGGUUCAGCCGGAAUUCGGGGAACAUGUCCUACAUCGCUAUCUACUUCCUGCUGUGCUUUGCCCUGCCCUUCUCUGUCAUCCUGCUGUCCUACUGCCAGCUCCUGCGGACCCUGAGACAGGUCUCCAGGCUCCAGGUCUCCAUGGGGGGUAGUACCAACCGUGUGGAGCUGCAGGUGGCACGCAUGGUGGCCCUCAUGGUGUUAGCCUUCCUGGUAGCGUGGCUGCCCUACGCCGCCCUGGCACUCACCGUCAUGCUGGAUCCCAGUCUGUACAUCAGCCCGCAGAUCGCCACUGUACCCGUGUUCCUGGCCAAGAGCAGCACCAUGUUUAACCCCAUCAUCUACAUCUUUAUGAACCGACAGUUCAGGGACUGCACUGUCCUGACUCUCCUGUGUGGAUGGAAUCCCUGGGCCUCAGCACAGGACAGUAUAGCGGGAGACAAGACCGUUUAUACUCAAAGCAAUACGCGUAAACAAUCAUACCAAGGUCUGGAGGGAGAAGGACUUUGUUAGUGUCGUGUUCAAAGCCUUGUUUAUAUGUGUGCCAGCAAAAUCAUGAUGAUGUAAUGAUUUAAUGGUUGUUUGUGGAGAUGACUUUAGAGUUUUCAUGUUUUUGUAUCACUAAAAUGUGUGAUUCAUCUGUGGUUGUGUUAUGAUGUUGUUAGUGUUAUAGUGUGGUCUAUAUUCCAGGACACACUUAUGUAGCCCUUUAAUAGUGACCUAAAUCUAAAUUGAUUUGGGUUUUAAGCUUCAGAUCCUUGGGGAGAUUACUGUCUCGGUUUAAAGCUUUUAUAUUUUACAUACUAAUAUCGAUACUGAAACUUGACUUUAUUUAUACAACUCAUAAGAAAGGGAGGCACGUAAAGUCAUGCUAACAUGGAAUAGUGAAAAAGUGAACUGCUUCCAUCAUUUUUUUGCUUUUAGAUACAACUAUAUAGCCAAAUAUGAAAUAUUCAUGACUCCAAAGUCCUUAGUGCUUUAAGCUGCAUAUCCGAUAAGAGUGGAGACACCAGAGCUGGCCAGCUGCUAUACCAACCCGUCUGAUCCCAUUAGCUUCAUGUAUUAUGGAAGCUCUCUUCAUCUGGCAGCCCCGUGAGAAAGGUGCUUUAGUAAUGAACCCUGAUUACCACUGCCUCAAAUCUACUUAGUUCCUGGAUUGGUGCAUUUAAGGUUUGCUCCAUACCCUACCGUCAAUCAAUUAUUUCAAUCAUUUCAAAUUACAAAAAAAGGACGUCCACAAUUUUCUUCAACAUAUUUCUUUUAAUUAGAAGUACAGAACCUGACUUUCUUUUCAAGGUCUGUGCCUUAACACCCUCCUCUCACUUCAGCCUCAAUUCUAUGAACUCUAUGGCUUUCAUUGUAAAAAAAAGAAAAGGAAAAGAAAUCAAAUCAAAUAAUAAAAUCAGCAAAUAUUCGGCAAUACCCCCCUCCCCCCGCCCCGUUCUUUUCAACAUAUUAAUCUGCACAGACACCUUCCUCAUCCGUUCAGAUGACUCACAGUUUAGUCAUUCACAGUUAGUACCCCCAAAAUUCUGACUCAAUGAAAAACGCAAUCAUCAUUAUUCUACACCCUUGGCAUUUGUAAUAGUUAUCUUAAUAUUGCUAUGAAUUCCAUCAAGGUUAAGGACAAAAGGAGGUCAGAAUGGGAAAAGCUGUAUAAAACCUGCGCAGAUUUGUUUAUAUAUAUAUCUUCCCCCACUAUAUAUAUAUGUGUACAUAUAUGCAUAUGUAUAGACACGUAUAUAUGUACAUAUACAUGUAUAUACACACAUAUACAGAGGGGGUGUGUUCUAUCUUCAUGCAACACGCCAUCAUUCCCCAGGGUUUGCCUGA